AUGGAAAUAAAGAAGAGCGAUUUCGAAUUGGGGAAAAGAAUUGGCGGAGGCCGCUUUAGCGAUGUCUACCUGUGCAGGACGCUGAAUGAUACGAACUUUUUCUUUUCCGAGUACGCUUUGAAAAUCACCGAGCCAGAGGAUGAACUGCCUCCACACAAUGUAAAAAACGAGCUGAAGCUGCUACGAAAACUGGCGGAUGCCCAAGAUAAAGAAGAUAAGGAGAAUGGUACUAGUAUAGGUAGAAAUGUUGUGCGCCUUAUUGCAUUCUACCAAAGUCCCAUAGAAAUUGGGCUGCUGUUCCCUUUUUACAAAACCGACUUGAACGGCGUGAUCGCAAGUAAUACUAAAGUGCGGUCUGCCUUCAACUUACAGGAUGGUACGAUCACGAAAAAAAGGGAAAACAACUUCAGUACAUCUCAGAUCAUCCAAAUUUUCAAAGGAUUGCUCCGCGGGCUUGCAUUUAUCCAUAGUCAGGGCAUCAUCCAUAGAGACGUCAAUCCAAAUAACAUAAUGUUCGAGUCGCCUAGCGAACUCGAACCUGUCAUUAUUGACUUUGGUAUCAGCUACAUGGAGCCAGACAACAAUGGUUUGGAGAAAGGAGACUCUAAAAUUACAGAUAUAGCAACCGGCUAUUACAAAGCGCCAGAGCUGUUACUUUCGGUCAAGGACUAUAGUAACAAAGUUGAUAUAUGGUCUGCCGGUGUGAUCCUGAUGCUCAUAUCAAGCAAGGAAUUCACCACGCCAUACUCAAAAGACUCUGCACACAGCGACCUAGCUUUACUCGCAUCCAUAUUCAACACUUUUGGGUCGCCGCCCGAUAAUUGGCAAGAAGUUAAGUCUUCCCGAUCGUAUGGUGCGAUGAACACUGCUUUUUUUCGCAAGACCCGCAGAUCUACGGAUGACUUGCUGUUCAAGUUAAAGGAUCAUCCCCAAUGCGUGGAAACUUUCAACAGUAUGAUGGUGUACGAGAGCUCCUGUAGACUGUCUGCAAGCGAGGCGUUGAAGAGGAUUGACUCUGAGCGACUGCAGAACCAAUAG